AGUGUCAAACUCAUGUGGUCCGGUUGAGAGAUUCUGCACGUGUUGUACAAUUAAAAAUAAAAUAAUAAUUAAUUUUAUAUAUUAAGUAACAUACUUAUACCAUCAUGAAGGUCUUAUCGGAAGACAGAACUAGGAUACUGUUCGAAAAAUUAACUAAAUAUAUCGGAGUAAACGUAAAGCUGCUCAUAGACAGACCAGAUGGUACAUAUUGCUUUAGAGAGAAAAAGGACAGAGUUUAUUACAUUUCAGAAAGGCUUCUGCAACUAGCACAAACUGUGAAACCAGACCAUUUAAUUUCAGCGGGAACAUGUUUUGGAAAAUUUACAAAGACUAAUAAGUUUAGGUUACAUAUAACUGCAUUGACAUACAUUGCUCCAUACGCCCCAUUUAAGAUUUGGGUGAAGCCCUCCUCUGAGCAACAAUUUUUAUAUGGACACCAUGUUAUAAAGAGUGGUUUAGGUCGUAUAACAGAGAACACACCAAAACACCAAGGAGUAGUCAUAUACACAAUGUCGGACAUUCCCAUCGGAUUCGGAGUAGCCGCCCGUUCUACAACGGAAUGUAGGCACGCAGACCCACUGGCCACCAUUGCAUUCCAUCAAGCAGAUAUCGGUGAAUAUAUUAGAUCCGAGGACACUCUUACGUAGAUUAAAUGACAGUUAUUUCUAAA